AUGGAGGACCAGCUAGUCGCCCUGCUGGCCGCAACCCAGUCGGCCCAGGAGACGCCGCGCAAACAUGCCGAGCAGCAGCUCAAGUCGCUGUACGGCCACCAGGAGCUGCCCCUCGGCCUCAUCGGCAUUGCCUGCCACGACAGCGUGCCCCUCAACAUCCGCCAGGCCGCCCUGCUGUCGCUCAAGCAGCUGGUGUUGGCGGGGUGGAGCACCAACUUCGACGAGUUCAAGGGCCAGAUUCUGGUCAACGACGACACCAAGGCCCAGAUCCGCCCGCAGCUACUCCAGCUGGCCACCACCGACCGCCUCGACCGCAAGCUCAAGGCCGCCGCCAGCCUGGUCGUCAGCAAGGUCGCCGCCGCCGACUACCCGGACCAAUGGCCCGAUCUGCUCGACAACCUCCUCCACCUCAUCCCACAUGCCACCGACGGGCAAUUGCACGGCGCACUGAAGGUGCUGAGCGAGCUGGUCGACGACUGCUUCAACGAGGUCACCUUCUUCGGCGUCGCGCCCCAGCUCGUCAAGGUCAUAUACGAUGUGGCUGCGAAUGAGCAGAGGCGGCCACAGCACCGCGCGCUGGCCUGCAGCGUGUUCCGGGGCUGCUUCGACAUUCUCGAGAUGAUCCUCGAAGAUCACAAGGCAUCGGUCAAGGGUUUUGCGGACGAGGUCCUCACCGAGUGGCUUCCGUUCUUCAUCAACGUCCUGAAGACAAAGCUGGCGGACCCUCCUUCGGAGCAGGAGGAGAUGGACGAAACGCCAAACGCCGAAACAUACAAGGGCCUUAUUGCGCUCAAGCUCCAGGUCGUCAAGGUGCUCAUGCGCGUUCGUUCCGUCUUCCCCUCCAUGCUUUCGCCGCACAGCCUCCUUUUGUUCCAGGCGACUUGGGAAGAGCUAUCGACCCUGCAGCCCGCAUACCACCUCAUGUACAUUCAGGAAGAGCGCCAGAGCAGGCUCGAAGACGCCGACGGGCUGCCUUACACGCUCGAUUUCCUCGUGCUUGAGGAGCUCGACUUCAUGCAGGCAUGCAUUCGAGCACCUCCAGUGCGUGCCCAGCUCGAGCAGCAGCUCCAGCACCAGUCUGCAGAGAACUCGUGGGUCACCGAAGUCAUGAAGCUGGCAGUCGGCUACGCACAGAUUACAACUGAGGAAGAGGGACUUUGGGAUAUCGAUGUCAACAUCUUCCUCAGCGAAGAGACAAGUGUCACCGCCAACUACACGCCUCGGACUGCAUGCGGAGAUUUGGUGAUCAAGCUUGGAGAGUGGCUGUCUGAGCCGACCAUCAACGGUCUCCUGGCUUACACGCGGGCCUUGUACUCAGGUACUGAGAGCUGGAAAGCGAAGGAAGCUGCGCUGUAUGUGCUCAGCCAAAUGCUCAGCGAUUUCCAGGACACCGAUAAGCAGGUCAGCCCCGAAGCUGCGAGCGGCUUUGUCAACUUCACCCAAUAUGCCAUGCAACAGACAGACGCUUUUCUCAGAGCGCGUGGUUACUUGAUCGCUGGAAGCUUGACCCGGACAUCUGGUGAUGCCCUACGACCGUACGCCACAAGUUUUCUCGAAGCAUCACUGCAAGCCAUCCUCAACGACGAGUCCGAUGUGGUCCGGGUAUCUUGUAUCCGCGCUUUGCAGUUUUACAUGCAGGCUCUGCCCUCAAACGUCACCCAGCCCUUGCAGCCCAACAUUAUUCACGCUAUCCAGGAGUAUCUCAACACACAAGACAUGCAGGAACUGGCCGAUAGUGACGACCUGAUGGUUACCUUGGUCGAGACUCUGAGAGACGCUAUUCUUAUUGACACACGUAUCUGCAUCACGGCAAACGGCCUGGACCUGUUGUUCUCAGUGGCCAGUCACGGAGCAAACAACUUUCAACUCACAAUGCUGGUUAACGAGACAUUCGAGGAAGUCACACAAUCCAUUGCAUGCAUGGGAGGUGACGCGUACGUCAACCUGUGUGCGAAGGUCUUGCCCUCGCUCACUGCUGCAUUCGAUGUUGGCAAUCUUACAGAAGAGAAUGCUCUCACUAACCUGGCUGCUGAACUCCUUGGUGUCCUUGCUGAGUAUGGUCCAGAACCCCUCCCGCCUGGGUUCGUCGCAGCUACGAUGCCCAAGCUUACUCGACUGCUGCUCGGCGCCACGGACGAGGAGCUGCUCAAGGCGGCUACGAUUGCGGUGAAAAACAUCAUCUCGCACGACCAUCAGCAGCUGUUCGAGUGGCGCGACGAGACUGGAAAGGCGGGACUCGAAGUCGUUCUUCUUAUCACCUCACGUCUGCUCUCUUCCGCCUCCGAUCACGCCGCUGGCGAAGUUGGUGCGCUUGCUGCCGAGGUAGUAGAGAAGGCUGGUCACGAAAGGCUUGGGCCUUACCUCGAAGAGCUCCUGCGAAGCGUUGCAUCACGUCUCGCGACUGCUGAACAAGCACAGUUCAUUCAGAGUUUGACACUCGUGUUCGCGCGACUCAGCUUGAACCAUGCUUCGGAGGUGGUGGAAUUCCUGGCACGACAAAACAUCAACAACCAGAAUGGUCUACAGGUGGUCAUGGCGAAGUGGCUUGAGAACUCGAUCAACUUUGCGGGCUACGACGAGAUCCGUCAAAAUGUCAUUGCCCUCUCGAAGCUGUACGACUUGAAGGAUUCCCGUUUGGCUGAGAUUCACGUCAAAGGCGAGUUGAUUCCUAAUACCGAUGGCCGCAUCAUGACGAGGAGUCGCGCAAGGACUAAUCCUGAUCGAUGGACGAUCAUUCCCGCCACCCUCAAGAUCCUCAAGGUCUUGAUCGUUGAACUGCAAUCAGCCGCAGGUGCACCGCUGGACGCAAACGUCGCUGCUGAGCUUGCAGACGAGGCUUCGGACGAUGGGUCCUGGGAGGAUGAGCCAAACCCGUUCGUCGACCUCGGGAGCGGCUUCACGAAGGAACAGCUCAUGGCAUAUGCUGCGGAUGACGGUCCUAGCAGUGGUCGCCAGCGUGAUGAUGAGACACAAGCCUUCCUUGUCGACUUCUUCAAACGCGCUGCAACAACACCCGGGUUUGGGGAGGAGUUCGGCCAGUUGGACGCGGAUGAGCAACAGAGGUUACGUGAUAGUGCCGCGUAG